UCGCUGUGUCCCGCUGUCGGCGCUCGCUCUGCCCGGUGUCUCUGUGGUGUCUCCCGCGCGGUGUGAGGCGGCGGAUGGAGAUGGCGGUGUCGGGUGCUUUGCGGGCGGAUUUGGCUCGGUCGGUGGAGGGGAGUCGGGUGUUGGUGGUCGGGGCGGGAGGAAUCGGCUGCGAGCUGCUAAAGAACCUCGUGCUGACCGGAUUCACCCAACUGCAUGUGAUCGAUCUGGACACCAUCGACGUCAGCAACCUGAACAGACAAUUCCUCUUCCAGAAGAAGCAUGUCGGCCGCUCAGGCGGAGUCAUGAUGGAAAGGUGCACCAUCCGCAACACUCCCUCCGAGCCCAUCCACUGCAUCGUCUGGGCCAAAUACCUCUUCAACCAGCUGUUCGGGGAGGAGGACGCCGACCAGGAAGUGUCACCGGACACCGCCGACCCCGAGGCCUCCUGGGAUCCCACGGAGGCAGCAGAGCGCGCUAAAGCAUCGAAUGAAGACGGAGACAUCAAGAGGGUGUCCACCAAGGUGUGGGCCCGAGAAAUCAGCUACAACCCCAUGAAGCUCUUCAAUAAGCUAUUCAAAGAUGACAUCCGAUACCUGCUGACCAUGGACAAGCUGUGGCGGAAGAGGACUCCCCCCGUGCCGUUGGACUGGGCCAGCCUGCAGGGCGGAGACUCGUCGGAACAGAAGAAAGACUCCGCCCCCGUCGGGCUGAAGGAUCAGCAGGUCCUGGAUGUGGCCGGGUACGCGGAGCUCUUCUCCCGAAGCGUGAGGACGUUGUGGGGGCAGCUGAAGGAGAAGGGAGAGAACUCCUCGCUUGUGUGGGACAAGGACGAGCCCCCGGCCAUGGACUUUGUAACGUCGGCUGCCAAUCUGCGGAUGCACAUCUUCAGUAUGAACAUGAAAAGCCACUUCGAUAUAAAGUCCAUGGCGGGGAACAUCAUCCCAGCGAUUGCUACCACCAACGCGAUCAUCUCUGGUCUCAUUGUACUGGAGGGCCUGAAGAUCUUAUCGGGGGAUCUGGAGCAAUGCCGAACGGGGUAUCUGAGUAAGCAGCCCAAUCCGCGCAAGAAGCUCCUGGUCCCCUGUGUGCUGGACCGCCCCAACCCCGACUGCUACGUGUGCGCCAGCCGGCCGGAGGUGACCGUGAAGCUGAACGUUCACAACGUGACGGUGCAAUCCCUGCAGGACAAGAUAAUUAAGGAGAAGUUCGGGAUGGUCGCUCCCGAUGUCCAGAUAGAAGAUGGGAAAGGGACAAUCCUCAUCUCCUCUGAGGCCGGGGAGACGGACGCGAACAACAACAGGAAAUUGUCAGAAUUCGGCAUUCGGAACAACACGCGACUGCAGGCGGACGACUUCCUGCAGGACUACACCCUCCUGAUCAAUGUGCUGCACAGCGAGGAUUUGGAGAAAGAUGUGGAGUUUGAGGUUGUCGGAGACGCACCAGAAAAGGCUCCGCAGCAGGCGCCGGAAGAGGCCAGCACCAGUAUCGCCAACGGCAGCGAUGACGGAGCACAACCCUCAACAUCCACAGCGCCGGAACAGGAUGACGUGUUGUUCGUGGAUUCGGAGGAGGAGGUUCCAUCAUCAUCAUCAUCUUCCGGCAACGCCGACGUGAACAUGGAGACCACCACCCUGAAGAGGAAGCUGUCGGACGAUGACGUUGUCAGCAGCAAGAAGAAGCGCCUGGACCCGGCCGACGACGACGUCAUCCCGCUGGACUGACGCGCGUGCGCCGCUACGAAUUAAUUUUCAUAUUUUGUCAU